UUUGUCUUGGAACUGAAAAUUGAAGGUGUGUAUUUUCAUUCCCAAAACAGCGCAGCUUUUUUCCUCCAAAAACUCCGAACAAAAAACAUCAAAAGUUGUUAAACAGACUUAACCAAUCAAUCAUUUCCACAUUACAAAUUACAAAUUCUUGGUGCAAUACUUUUCUUCUAUCAUCAAUCAACGUAACAAAGCAACUAGGAAUGAUAUUUUGUUCUUGUUGACAAAUAGUUGAUCAACCAAAUGGCCCAAUCCUUCGGUCAGACUGAGAUUAAUUGGGACAAGCUAGAUAAAACUAAGUUCUAUGUCGUUGGAGCUGGACUCUUCACUGGUGUUACAGUUGCACUUUACCCGGUUUCAGUUGUGAAAACUAGGCUUCAAGUUGCAACAAAGGAUGCUGUAGAGAGAAGUGCCUAUUCUGUUGCUAAAGGAUUACUUAAAACAGAUGGCAUCCCUGGUUUGUAUCGAGGGUUUGGCACGGUUAUUGCCGGUGCAAUACCGGCCAGAAUCAUAUUCCUCUCUGCUCUAGAGAUUACAAAGGUGUCUACCUUUAACAUGCUGCAACCAUUCGGACUAUCAGAAACUACUCAGGCUGCCUUGGCAAAUGGAGUUGCAGGCAUGACAUCGUCACUUGUCGCUCAAUCUGUGUUUGUACCAAUUGAUGUGGUUAGCCAAAAAAUGAUGGUGCAAGGAUACUCAGGCCAUGCCCGAUAUAGCGGGGGUAUGGAUGUGGCUCGUAAGAUUUUAAGGUCUGAUGGCAUUCGAGGAUUGUAUCGAGGAUUCGGUCUUUCUGCUCUUACUUAUUCGCCUUCUAGCGCGGUAUGGUGGGCAAGUUACGGUUCAAGUCAACGGUUCAUUUGGAGAUUCUUAGACCAAGGUGGAAAUGAUGGAGACACUCCUAGUGUGCAGAAGAUUGUGUUAGUUCAAGCUGCGGGAGGGAUAAUUGCCGGUGCAUCUGCUUCCUGCAUUACAACCCCAUUGGACACUAUCAAGACACGGUUACAGGUGAUGGGACAUGAUAGUAGAAGCUCUAUAAAACAAGUUACUAAAGAUUUAAUCAGUGAAGAUGGUUGGAAAGGACUCUAUAGAGGGUUUGGUCCAAGAUUUUUUAGCAUGUCAGCAUGGGGAACUUCAAUGAUAUUGACUUAUGAGUAUCUGAAACGGUUAUGCACCAAAGACGAAUAGAUGCAAUUGGUCUGCCAGCUUUUCUUCAAUUGAUUGAUUAAGCCAUGAUUAGGGUGGUAAUGUUGUUGUAGAAUUACACAAAAGCUUUAACCCUACACCUUCAACACUGUAGUUUCUGUUUGACAUUUAUCAGUUUUGACUGGAGGGUUAAAAUUUUAAGCAGCAAAGCUGUUCUAACAGAUUAUUCUCAAAAUAAUUGCUGGUUAUACUAGGAAUUUUAUAGUUUCAUUCUUUAAUGAUUAGAUUGGAUUUUUUGUAAUGCUUUUUUAGCAUUGAUGUGGAUUAUGUAUCAUGAAAGGGAAUGAAAUAGAUUGCAAUUACAUGUAGUCUAUUGCAUUGAUAUGUUAUGAAUAAAUUUGAAACUAUUGCAGACAGGAGAA